AUGAUAGCAACCCCAGAGUUCCCCGGAUACCACCAUGAGAUGAUAGCAACCCCAGAGUUCCAUGGAUACCACCAUGAGAUGAGAGCAACCCCAGAGUCCCCUGGAUACCACCAUGAGAUGAUAGCAACCCCAGAGUCCCAUGGAUACCACCAUGAGAUGAUAGCAAUCCCAGAGUCCCAUGGAUACCACCAUGAGAUGAUAGCAACCCCAGAGUCCCCUGGAUACCACCAUGAGAUGAUAGCAACCCCAGAGUCCCAUGGAUACCACCAUGAGAUGACAGCAACCCCAGAGUUCCUCGGAUACCACCAUGAGAUGAUAGCUACCCUAGAGUCCCAUGGAUACUACCAUGAGAUGAUAGCAACCCCAGAGUCCCAUGGAUACCAUCAUGAGAUGAUAGCAACCCCAGAGUCCCCUGGAUACCACCAUGAGAUGAUAGCAACCCCAGAGUCCCCUGGAUACCACCGUGAGAUGAUAGCAACCCCACAGUCCCAUGGAUACCACCAUGAGAUGACAGCAACCCCAGAGUCCCCUGGAUAUCACCAUGAGAUGAUAGCAACCCCAGAGUCACCUGGAUACCACCAUGAGAUGAUAGCAACCCCACAGUCCCAAGGAUACCACCAUGAGAUGACAGCAACCCCAGAGUCCCAUGGAUACCACCAUGAGAUGAUAGCAAACACAGAGUCACAUGGAUACCACCAUGAGGUGAUAGCAACCCCAGAAUCCCCUGGAUACCACCAUGAGAUGAUAGCAACCCCAGAAUCACCUGGAUACCACCAUGAGAUGAUAGCAAGCCCACAGUCCCCUGGAUACCACCAUGAGAUGAUAGCAACCCCACAGUCCCAUGGAUACCACCAUGAGAUGAUAGCAACCCCAGAGUCCCAUGGAUACCACCAUGAUAUAAUAGCAACCCCAGAGUCCCCUGGAUACCACCAUGAGAUGAUAGCAACCCCAGAGUCACCUGGAUACCACCAUGAGAUGAUAGCAACCCCACAGUCCCCUGGAUACCACCAUGAGAUGAUAGCACCCCCACAUGCGAUAAUCAGUUAA